AUGACUGCAAGCCAGGAGCCAGUGCAACGACUGCGAUUGAGGCGGGACUGCUCAGCCGGAGUGAGAGUGGCUGAUGGGUCUCGAAAGCCGCUUGGUAGCGUCUUGAUGGCGUUUGGUGGCGCUGAUACGACCUUCUGUGAGGGCUGUGCGAUGGUCUUCAAUUCUGAAGGGAUGACGUGGGGGCUCAAGAAGGGGGUGGCAGGGUCGUGGAGAGGGCUAGGGGGGAUGGGAAUUAAGGGCAAGGGGGCAAGAAGGGAUCGGCCGGCUGCAAGAGCAAGUACUAGCAACGCUGCCGACGAUGAUAUUUCCAUAACUCCUACUACUUCGCGUGGCGAUGCAGAUACCCGUACCGGUCCCAGCAAUGGUGCCAUUGGGCCACCCGCCAAUGGGCCUCAGGAAAGACCUCCUGGAACGACUGAGUUUAAUCGAUUCAGCCCUGGGAGUUCCACGCCUGCUGCCUUGACUUUGCCUACCGCAAGUUUGAACAGUGGCCUAAAACAAUAUUCCGAAGAAAAAACAGCAAAACAAGCAGAAAAUGUCAACAUGGGUAGUAAUAACAUCACUACAAGCAUUCCUGGAGCCGUAUUGCGGAGGAGUCAACAGCGACAAAAAGAUGCCAAGGAGGUCGGUAGAUCCACUGAUGCCAUAACCAAGCCUGCACCUACAACAACGGAAACACGUGGUCUCAGGAGAUCUGUUGAAGAAAGGGCGGCUAAGGCUGCUGCUCGAGGCAGUGCUGGGAAUGCCACAUCUGGGGUGUCUGCCAUUGUCCCUCCUGGAGCCAAAACCAACCCUGAAACAAUCCCCAGCAAGAAUGCCACAGCGGUUGCUCCUAUUCAACAUGGAGUAUAUCAUGUGCCUGCAAGUGCUACCUCUAGCGCCACAACUGGUGAUCGUUCUUCUGUGUCCUCGCCCCGUGGGCUUGGCAAGAAUAGAAAAAACCCUCCUCCAUUUCGAGAGUCUACAGAUGUCACAAUAACCAAAUGUGGAGCCCUUGUUCCUCCUCAAAGGAACUCUUCCCAUGACAAUAUUACUACUGGAACACAGGAGAACGAUACUCCUCAAGAAUUUUCUCAUGACCCUAACCAACCAGCAAAUGCAACUUCCAACCGUCAAGCUUUAAUCGAGGAUUUAGUGGGUGGAAUUGCUCCAAUCCCCACUGCGCAUCAGGGUGCGAGCAACAAUCAGCCAAGCCAACCUGGAGCUUACAUGGGCGAAAACAUGCGGCGUGUAUCCGAACUUGAUUUUAGGCUUGUUGGAACUGAUGCCAGCAGCGACAACCAAAAUUCUGUGGAAAAUGAUCUUGAGGUUGUUCUUCCACCGACCCCCGAUACUCUCCAAAUUCAAAAUGCCACCAGUGACCAAGGACUGGUUGAAGCUAGGGCCAUUACCGAAUCCAGCAUGUUCAUAUGUCAGGAAGCCCAGCAAGUUGAUGAUGCAUUAUUGGAACAUCAAUUUGACAGAGAGAAAAAGGAGAGACAUUGCCGAAGAGUAGGCUAUGCUAUCAUUUUUUGCGCAACUAUUAUCAUUGCUAUCAGUCUAGGAGUUGGACUGAGACCAAAGCCGGCAGUGAUCAUAGAUGCUACAUCAACUGCACCAACAACAGCACCAUCAAUGGACCCAACCUCGCUGGAAUCAUUCCUUUUGUCCCUGCUCCCAGACCACACAAUCAAGGCAAUUGAAGACAUAGAUUCGGCACAAUACAAAGCCUUUGAUUGGCUUCUAAAGGAUCACUCUGUCUAUGAAUAUCCAGAGUGGCGGAUUAUUCAGAGGCAUGCUUUAAUGACCGUUUUCUAUGCCACUGCCGGUCCAACUAAGUGGUUCAACAACACAGGCUGGGAAACCUACAAUCUUCAUGAAUGCGACUGGUUUCAAGAUCAAGAGUUUGCCCUUAAGACUUUUUUGCAAACAAUUUACCAUGGUGUCCUCGAAGGCUUUUUGGAGCCACUACCUCACAGCCAAUGUAAUGAUCAAGGUAACUACAAACAUCUGUGGUUGGAUAUGAAUAAUCUUGAAGGUUCUUUGCCCGAGGAGCUCUUCAGCUUGACCUCGCUUGAAACAUUUUCAGCUGGUUUCAAUAAACUUCAUGGUACAAUUUCUAGCUACAUUGGGCAGCUACGUUCCUUGCAAGGGAUUGGCAUUUUCAACACUGGUCUGUCCGGAUCAUUACCAACGGAACUUGGUUAUUUGUCAUCAUUGCAAGUGCUUGGUUUGUUCAGCAACCAGUUGGAAGGAUUUAUUCCCGAGGAACUCUGGCAACUCGCCAAGCUGGAUACGCUUGGUCUUGGCCGCAAUAAGGUACAAGGUACAAUUCCAUCCGGUAUUGGCACCCUUCCUAUGCUGAGGUGGCUUGUGAUGAAUGAUUCUGAUCUCUCUGGAUCACUUCCUACAGAAGUUGGUCAAGCCACAUCACUGGAAUACCUUGUCUUGGCCCCUAGCAAUCUUUCUGGUACCCUCCCCAGUGAGCUGGGAUCCCUCUCAAGACUCUGGGUUCUUACUGCAGGCGGCCUUAAGGGUACUGUUCCUACAGAGCUUGGACUGUUGGAUUCAUUAUACAUAUUUGAUUCGAAGAAAGGUUCAUUGACAGGUACUCUUCCGUCUGAGCUGUCUCUGCUUUCAUCAAUAUGGUCUCUGGAGCUUGACAACAACCAGCUUUCUGGAACGAUUCCCAGUGAACUCCUGAGUCUUUCCAACCUUGAGUCUUUCUCUCUAGCAAGCAAUCACUUGACGGGUGAAAUCGCUUCUGAGUUUGGGCUCAUGACAAGGCUUGGUUGGCUUUCUGUGGCCGACAAUAAUCUCCGUGGAACUGUGCCUACCGAGCUCGCUGCGCUACAUGCAUCACUGUAUGGUUUCCGCAUUGAUGGAAAUCCACAACUCUCUGGUGUGAUUCCAGACUCUCUUUGUGCUGUGAAUGGCACUUGCGUUGGCACUGGCUUUGACUCCUGUUCGAGGGGCAACUAUGGAUCAUGGUUUAACUGUACAGAGUUGUUGUGUGGGUGUGAUUGCCCCUGUAAACAGCAGUAA